AAAGCCGUACUGCCGUGCAGUGUCGUGCACUCGUGCACAAAAUUGUGUGAUAAGUUGCACGAACCCGAAUUUACAAUUAUUUAAAAGAAAUAUUAGUUAUUAAUUAAAUUUGCUUCGUUCUGAAACGAUGGCAGACCAAAAUAUUUUAACUAGAAUGGUAAACGCUAUAUAUUACAUGAUUGACACGCCAGUCACUUAUGUUCGAGAAAAAUUCGUGGAGCCGAAUCAAAAGAAAUAUCCAUGGUACCAUCAACAGUUCCGUCGUGUACCCACGAUCGACGAAUGUUAUACCGAUGAUGUAGUUUGUUAUGUCGAGGCAAAUUCUCAAUUCUGUCGUGAUAAAUUGGUGGACGAUGAAAUUGUAUACAUUUUGAGAAGUCGUUUUGAACAAUGUGCUUUCUAUCACGGCGAGGACAAACAUGUGUGUGAUGAUUUAAGAAACAUUUAUGAGGAAGCGGCUACAAAUUGGUUUAUAAAAUAUGGUGAUAUGGGAGUAGUUAUAAAUGUGAAACACGCAUACAUGAAGCAGAAACAUCGUAUGAUCUGGGAGCGCCGUCACGGCCCAGUUGGUAGUGGCAUGAAGACCAAAGCAACCAAGGCAAUAUAACAAUUGACACUGAUAUCGUAGAUGGUUAUUUAAUGGUAAACACAUUUGCAAGUUACAGGUGCAAAAUGUAGGUUUGCAUUAAUGUACAGAUUAUAUUAUGAAUGAAAAGAUAUUAAGAACUUGGAAUAAAAAAAAUAAUUUAUCAC